AUGUAAACUAAAGAGAAUAAGUAAAAAUUUGCGCUCAUUUUUUUAGUUCCACACUUUCUACAAAAUAUAUCAGAUCUGAUGGUAUUCGUAAGUUAAAUGAUCUAACCAAUUACGAUACUAUACGAUAAUAGCAGAAAAUGUAGAUGAAGCUUUCAAUGAGCAAUCAAUAUUAAAAGAUUCUUGGAAGAUUGCCAGAUGCUAAGUUUUUUAAUCCGAAAUAAGAAUCAUAUGUCUCCUAUCCUUGUUAUAAUGAGAAAUAUUUAAAAUUUCCUAAAGAAAUUUUAUGCAAACUAAAAAAAAGAGUAAAAAUAAAUUUAUAUCUUUAGACCUAAGAUGACGAUUGCGAUACCGAUGAAGAAGUCAAACAACAUUCAAUAAAUCACAAUGUCACAGAAAUUAUAAAAUCAUUAUCUUCAAUAAAUAAAAAAGCAUACAAUGCAUCAGAUUAUUUAUGA